CACACUGUCUAGUCUCAACACACAUACACAAAGCAUUAAUUUUGAAUCAUUUUUUUUGAGUAACUAAAUAAAGAAACACACCCCAAAAUUCUAUUGUUAUUAAUAUUUAUAAUUUGAUUUCAUUUUGACAAAAAAAAAAAAAAACAUGAAAGGUGAUGCAGAUUCAGGUGCCUUGGGAGCCAAGACAGCAAGAGCUUGUGAUAGCUGUUUAAGAAGAAGAGCUCGUUGGUUUUGUGGAGCUGAUGAUGCUUUUCUUUGUCAUGGUUGUGACACUUUGGUUCAUUCUGCAAAUCAAUUAGCAAGUAGACAUGAAAGGGUUCGUCUUCAAACUGCUUCUGCUAAAGUUACAACAGCACAAGCAUGGCAUAGUGGAUUCACAAGAAAAGCAAGAACGCCACGUCAUCACAACAAGAACCUUUUACUUCAACAAAAACAACAACGUCUUAAGGAAAAAGUGCUUUUCAAUACUAGUGUUUUUCUUCCUCUUGUGCCUGAGAUUGGAGGUGAAGAAGAACAUGAGCCUGCACUUGUAGUUGAUGAUCAUGAGGCAGAGGAGGAGGAAGAGGAGCAGUUGAUGUGUCGUGUGCCGGUUUUCGAUGUCGACCCUUUUGAUUUAGAGACAUGUAAUCUGAAAAAUGAUGCAGCUGAUUUUGAAGAAAUGUGUGAUUUGGAUAGUUUUGUUGAGUUUGAUGUUGAUCUUGCUGAGUUUGCAGCUAAUGUUGAAAGUUUACUUGGUGUUCAUGAGAAUUCAACAACACAAGUGUUUGAUUAUAAACAAGAGAAUAAUGAAAUGGAUGCAUCAAAAAAUGAAAUGUUGAAAGUUAAGGAUGAAGAACUUGAUGAUUUGGAAUCAGUUUUUGAUAUGACAAGUGAUGAAGUUUUUCAAUGGAAUAUUGAUUGUAAUAAUGAAACAGUUGCACAAGAAGAGAAGGAGUGUGUAGUUGGAAGUUUUGAUGCUAAAGAAGAAACAAAGAGAGAGAGAUUUUUGAGAUUAAACUAUGAAGAUGUUAUUAGUGCUUGGAACAUUCAAGGCUCUCCUUCUCCAUGGACUACUGGAAACCCUCCUAAGUUCAUCUCUCAUGAUGAUUGCUGGCAAAACUUCUUGGGUCCAAGUGGUGUGGAUGAAGAAGUAAGAAGCUUAAGGGGACAAUUAAUAGGAAAUAUUAAUGGAGAUGGUGGAAGAGAAGCAAGAGUAUCAAGGUACAGAGAGAAAAGAAGAACUCGUUUAUUUGCAAAGAAGAUAAGAUAUGAAGUAAGGAAAUUGAAUGCAGAAAAGAGACCAAGAAUGAAAGGUCGUUUUGUUAAGAGAACAACAUGUUUUGCUGGAACUACUACCACUUCUUUUCCAACUUACCAACACUGACAUCAUCAUCAAAUUACUUAAUUAAUUUCCAAUGUUUGCUUUUUUUGCAAACUUGGAUUAAUUAAUAUGAUUAAUACUACUUGCUGCAUGUGGCUUUGUAUAGCUUUGUAUUAUAAUAAUGUUACUAUUACUUUCUCAGCUUUUAUUAGAAUUAAUGUUGCUUGAGAUGUUUCAAAAUCUAUCUCUAGCUUCAGAUUUAAUUUCUACUAAUGGUAUAACCCUUCAAUUAUUUCCCAGAUGCUUCAA